AUGGAGCGAGAGGAUGGUAGAAAGAAUUCACAGCAUAGAUCAAUUUCCAUGGAAGUAGGAAAGAAUGUUGUCUUCUCAUUUGGUCUGACUAAAGUGUAUGCAAUGCUAGAGUAUUCAGCCCAGCUUAAAAAGGGAAUUACAGCGUCUGUUAUUAUGGAAGAAAACGCUUUUCCCAGCAGUGUCUCUAAAAAAAGAAUAGAAAGGCUUGUGGAGGAAGCACAAAAAGCAAUCGAAAGCAUAUUCAGCAAUUUAUUGCUUGACAAAGAAAACAGUUAUAGGAUAGUAUGCAAGGUACUCUGCGAUAAUGGAUCUUUACUUUCUGCGAUUAUAAAUAGUGCAUCAUUAGUUCUACUAGCGCAUAAAGUGCCUAUUAAGCAUUUAGUAUUUAGUGUAACAAUAGGCCUGUCACAGGAAAGGCACGCAGAGUAUGUAGUAGAUCUGAAUGAGUCAGAGGAGAGAACAGACAUGGCGUAUAUUACAAUUGCAACAGGCGCAGUUGAGUAUGACACUAUUAUAUCAUAUGGGUCUAUUUCCAAACCAAUCUCAGAAAAGGCAUUUUUAGACCUUCUAGAAUAUUCAGCCAGUACAUCAAAGGACAUUUCAAAGGAAAUAAUGGAAAAAGCCAAGCAGUGCUUAGCAUGA